CUGUCCCCAGCCGUGCUGCAGCCACAGGCCACCGUGGUGGCCACCCUGGGAGGGCUGCUGGCCACCGUGCCCACAUGGGAGGAGGAGAUGCUGCUCGAGUCCCCAAAGCGACUGUACAGGGAACUGCAGGAAUUCACCAAGGAGCUCUGGGCCACCCUGUAUCGCAUUGAUGACACCUGGAGGCGCCACAAAGUCACCGAUGAUGAUGAUGGCAGCCCUGUCACCUCCCUGAGCCAGGCCCUGGCUGCCUACAAGAGCACCACACACACCACCCAGGACAAUGUGACAAUGGCAGCCAGCAAGUGGCAGGGGUUGGUGGCUGUGCUUAUGAACAGCUGGGCCCGGCUGGCCAGGAAGGCCACUGAGCUCCACAACACCUGCAGGGAUUUGGCCACCAAGGCAGCCGACAGGGUGGCCACUGCCUGGGCCAGGGAGCUGCAGGAUGAGGCUGCCCGUGAUGGGACAGCUCAGGAAAACAUGGUGGAGCUGGGUCAGGCCCUGGGCAGGGAGGAGGGGGCCGAGGUAGUGCCCAGACCUGAAUCCCCGGUGAGGAAACAGGCCAGGGUGGCUGCCAGCGAGGCAACAACGACCACCACAGAGACACAGCGGGUGUGGAUGGCCCUGAGGCCCCUGCGGCGCUUGGUGGCCACGUGUGGUGAAGCCACUGUGUUGCCCUGGGAGCUGCAGCUCCUGCUCAGGGACACCGAGGCUGCCCUGAGGGGGACAAAGAAGAAGUUCCCCACUGUCCCUGACGCCUUGGUGGCCAAGGUGGCCAAGGGCGAGCAGCUGUGGGAGGCCAACGCCCGCCUGGCAAAGGAUCACCUGCUGGGAGCAGUUGACAACUUCAUCGAGUACUAUAGCAAGGGUGGUCCUGCCAGCCUCAGCCCCUGUGAGGUGGCCAAGUGGUGUCAAAGAGCUGCCAAGGACAUCCCGAAUCUGCUGCAGGGACAGUGA